UUGAGGUUAAGUGAGGUUAAGUAUGGAGGACUGCGAGCUUGAUUUUAGUGAGCUUUCGAGCGAACCAGAGUUUGUGGGGCGAAUAACACAAUUUCACAAGUCGGUGGAUAAAAUUAAAAAUAUCUUAGAAUUGGUCAACAAUUCCCAACUAUAUGACAGUCUUUCAAAUUCGGACAAAUUGAAAUAUAACCUGUACAUGUCGUUUAGCUUGAACAGUUUGUUCUGGAUGUACCUGCGUAUGGAAGGUAUUGACCCACUGAAUCAUCAAAUAAGAGCAGAGAACGAGAGGUUAAGGCAGUACAUGGCUCGUGCAAAACAAAUCCAUGAUCGCAAUACUUUGAUGCCAAGAGUAAACAGAGAUGUGGCGCAACGAUUUGUUAGGAGCAGCUUAUGGGAAUCAAGAGAUGCUAGAGAAAAUCGCAGAGAUAACAACACAUAAUAAAUCGUUGACUUGUUAAGUUUAAUAUGUAAGUUACUGUACUGUUUCAACAUGUUACGUUUUAAAUAACAAAUCUUUUUUACUGUCUAGAUAAAUAAAGAUUUAUUUUUAACAA